AUGUCGAUCUUCUCUUCCAUCACUGGACGAAUCACUCGAUCUCUUCCACACACCUUCAAGCAUACAAAUCCACAACGAUACAUCAACAUGUCUUCGUCCUCGUCAGCACAAUACGCCUUGGAGCGAGCGGUGGCCAUUUCGGCAGUUGAGCGAGCUUGCUCCCUGACAGACAAGGUCUUUCGCAACCUCGUUACAGCAGACACCGUCACCAAGAAGGACAAGUCGCCUGUAACGGUCGGCGACUACUCGGCACAGGCGGUCGUCAACGCCAUCCUCGGAUCACACUUCCCAGAGGAUCCCAUUGUGGGAGAAGAGGACUCGAAGGAUCUUCAAAAGCCAGAGUCUGAGGCGCUUCGCACACAGAUCUUUGGCCUCGCUAACGAAGCGCUAAAGAACCCCGCACAAGAGUGCCCGGCUGUAGCUGAGGCCGAGUCCAAGGCCAGCACACAAGCAUGGGGCGAACGCGAGCUGUCCCAGAACGAGCUCCUCGCAGCUAUCGACAGAGGCAGCGCAGAGGGUGGUCCCAAGGGCAGAUGCUGGGCCCUGGAUCCAAUCGACGGCACCAAGGGCUUUCUGCGAGGAGGUCAAUAUGCUGUGUGCCUCGCCUUCAUGGUCGACGGUCUCGUCCAGGUGGGUGUCAUGGGCUGCCCCAACCUGCCACACGAUGCCUCGUCUGCCAAGCCCAAAGAAGGCGAAUUCGGGGCGGGUGACCGGAGAAAGGAUCUCGGCACCCUGUUCAUCGCGGUGCGUGGCCAAGGCGCCUUCCAGCGGCCCAUUCAGGGUGGAAAGGAGGAGAAGAUCUCGAUGCGACAGAUCAGCUCGCUAUCGGAGGCUUCAUUCUGCGAGUCGGUCGAGGCGGGGCACUCCUCGCACGGUACCAACGCUAGGAUCGCGGAGCUGCUCGGCAUCACCGCCCCCUCGGUCAGGAUGGACAGCCAAGCCAAGUACGCCAGCAUCGCCCGAGGUGAUGGCGACGUCUACCUGCGUCUGCCCGUCGGCGAUGGCAGCUACCAGGAAAAGAUCUGGGACCACGCCGCUGGAUCUCUGCUCGUCGAAGAAGCUGGAGGUAGGGUUUCUGACAUUCGAGGCAAGGACCUCAACUUUGGCGUUGGGCGAACGCUUCGCGAGAACCGCGGAGUAGUAGCUUCAAGCAGAGAGCAUCACUCCAAGGUGAUCGACGCCGUACGAAAGGCGCUCGAAGAGGAGGGUCGUGGCCACCUGUGA